AGGAAAAGUGAGGUUAUGUUUCUAUCAAAAUGUGCAAUGCAAGAAUUAGAUACAUUAUAGGUAUCUGCUUAUUUGAUAAGGUAGAGUAGAUCGUAACAGUCAGUGGUUGACGAUUGUUAUACCAAUAUAGAAGUUAGAGCAAGUGUAUUUUUGCAGAUUCAAUAGAUAAUUUUACUUUAAUCAGUUAAAAUGGAUACGGGGGACGAAAAAAGAUCAAACCAUAAAAUUGUGGUUAUAGGAUCUUCUAGUGUUGAUUUUACAACGUACGCUCCUAGGCUUCCCAAUCCUGGAGAAACACUUCAUGGAUAUAAAUUUGUAACUAGUUACGGUGGAAAAGGAGCCAACCAAUGUGUGGCUGCGGCUAAACUUGGAGCUAAUACAUAUAUGAUAAGUAGACUCGGAGAUGAUAAAUGGGGAGUCGAAUAUAAAAAGUAUUUGAAAGAACUUGGCGUAGAUGUUUGUCACGUUACGUUAACACCCAAUGUAUCAACAGGCAUUGCUCAAAUUAUGGUUGCAGAAAACGGAGAAAAUCAAAUAGUAAUUGUUCCAGGGGCUAACAAUCACCUUAGCAGUAUAGAUAUUAAAGCAGCAGGGGAUAUAAUAGAAACUGCCGAUAUUGUUAUAGGACAAUUGGAAACACCACUUGAGUCAACACUCGAAGCUUUCAAACGUUGCAAGGGUCUGAAAUUGUUUAAUGCUGCUCCAGCCAUAAAAAAUACCGAGGUCAUAUUUCCCUAUUGUUCAAUUCUAUGUCUCAAUGAAACAGAAGCUUCUUUAUAUGUUGGCUAUGCGGUUGACCUAACGAACGGCUCAUUUGCGUUGAAAAAAAUUUUAGAAUCAGGAUGUGAAAAGGUUAUAAUAACUCUCGGAGAUAAGGGUGCAAUUUAUUCCACAAAAUACGAUAGCAAAUGUAUUCACGUUUGUUGCGAAAAAGUUGUACCCGUAGAUACAACUGGAGCAGGUGACGCGUUCAUUGGCGCUUUAGCAACUUAUUUGGUAACUCAUAAAGAUUAUCCUUUACAUCAAAUUAUUGGAGCGGCUUGCGCAGUUGCUACUAUGUCAGUUAUCAGAGAAGGCACUCAAACUAGCUACCCGUCAAGAUUUGAUGCUUUCGCUAAUGAGUACGAAUAUAAGGAAUUGUAAAACUUAAUUUACUAAUGUUAUUUCACCUUAAUUCCUUUAUCUCUUUUUGAUCCAACUACUACUUAAAGACAAAUUUUAAAAAGGUCAAUAUUUGCAAUAAAAACAAAAUAUUCCA